CAAAACAGCAACGCUUAAGAUUAGUUGAAUUUGAAUUCCGAAUGUAUAAAAGUUUGCCAAAUAAUUUAUUGAAAAAAAAUGUCUUCGCUAUACAAGCAUUUUAAACUAAUUUUUAUUUAUUUUGUUGCUAUGCAAUUAAAAGCUGUGCAAAAUGAAAGAUUUGUGAAACUAAUUGAAAUAACCUGUGAAAAUGUAAACCCAAGCUUAUUAAAUGUCACUUUUUGUAAAAUGGAGCAUGUGAGUCGUGAUGUUUUUGAAGUGACCGUAGAGGCUGCAUUGAACUUAAGGCCAGCAAAUAAUUCGUCGCUUUAUGUUGCUUUUGUGAGGCGUGGUCGCGAGGAUCGUCGACCGAUGUUGGAGUAUAAAAUCGAUUGUUGUGCUUUUUUUCGCAACAAACGCCGCAACUCCUUAGCUAACUUCGUCUAUCGUACUAUGGGAUUUGAAAAUUAUAGCAAUAUGAAUCACACGUGUCCUUAUGAUCAUGAUUUUCUUCUGGAUCAUUACCCCUUCAAUGGCCAAACUAUCGGCAAGAUCAGUCCUUUCGGUAAUGGAUUCUUCACUUUCCAUACAAAGUGGUACCUCUAUGAUGUAUUGACAACUAUUGCAAAUGUAAGCGUACAUAUAUUUGAUAGAUAAGUAAAAAAUUUUUGGUAGUACAUUAAUUUUCAAAAUCAAAUAAAGGUUUUAAAAUGA